GAGAUUAAAGCUGCUUCCCGACGUUUGCCCCAGCCCAUGUCACCCUCUGAUUUCCUGGACAAGCUUAUGGGACGAACAUCAGGGUAUGAUGCCCGGAUUCGACCCAACUUCAAAGGUCCACCUGUCAACGUGACGUGCAACAUCUUCAUCAACAGCUUCGGCUCCGUCACGGAGACCACCAUGGACUACCGGGUGAACGUCUUCCUGCGGCAGCAGUGGAACGACCCCCGCCUUGCUUACCGCGAGUACCCCGACGACUCCCUCGACCUUGACCCCUCCAUGCUUGAUUCCAUCUGGAAGCCAGACUUGUUCUUCGCCAACGAGAAAGGGGCCAAUUUCCACGAGGUCACCACUGACAACAAGCUGCUGCGCAUCUUCAAGAAUGGCAAUGUGCUCUACAGCAUUAGGCUGACGCUGAUCCUGUCCUGCCCCAUGGACCUCAAGAAUUUCCCCAUGGACAUCCAGACGUGCACCAUGCAGCUAGAGAGCUUUGGCUACACCAUGAACGACCUCAUCUUCGAGUGGCUGGAGGAGCAGGAGGCUGUGCAGGUUGCAGAGGGAUUGACACUCCCACAGUUCAUCCUCAGGGAUGAGAAGGACCUGGGCUAUUGUACCAAGUACUACAACACAGGCAAGUUCACCUGCAUCGAGGUGAAGUUCCAUCUGGAGAGGCAGAUGGGUUACUACCUGAUCCAGAUGUACAUCCCAAGCCUGCUCAUCGUCAUCCUCUCCUGGGUCUCCUUCUGGAUCAACAUGGAUGCAGCCCCAGCCCGGGUGGGCUUGGGCAUCACCACCGUGCUCACCAUGACCACACAGAGUGCUGGCUCCCGUGCCUCCUUGCCCAAGGUCUCCUACGUGAAGGCCAUUGACAUCUGGAUGGCAGUGUGCCUGCUCUUUGUCUUUGCUGCCUUGCUGGAAUACGCGGCCGUCAACUUCGUGUCCCGCCAGCACAAGGAGUUCAUGCGCCUGCGCCGGCGCCAGCGGGUGGCCCCAGCUGACAGCCUUUCCCUUUGCCAGGAGGAAGAGCUGGUCCGUGAGAGCCGCUUCUACUUGCGAGGCUAUGGGCUGGGCCACUGCCUGCAGCCCAAGGACAGGGCUGGGGAAGGGCCCAGCAUCUACAGCCCCACCCCAGCCACGCUGCUGCGGGAAGGGGAGAGUCUGCGCCGGCGGUACCUGGACCGGGCAAAGCGCAUCGACACCAUCUCCCGAGCUGUCUUCCCCUUCACCUUCCUAGUCUUCAACAUCUUCUACUGGGUUGUCUACAAAGUGCUGCGCUCAGAGGACAUCCACACAGUGCCCUGA